AUGCAGCAGCAUCGAUCGCGCGAUGAAAGAGAAUCAUUCAAGGAAAUCAUCUUUAGCAACACAUUGCGUCUUGCGCGACUGGGAUUUUCAAAUCGUCCCUCGAUUCUCGAUCUGAUCGAAGCCAACUUGGCUUCGCCAAGGCUCCCAACAUUCCAACAGCUGCAUCUUCAUCUUCGUCUUUCCGUUCCAACUGCAGGAUACUUCAUGAAUAAUCCGUGCUCCGUUCAUCGGAACUGCGAUCGAUGGAAUCUGAACCGUCGAUACGGCCCGGGAGCCUGCCCCAGAAUCAGAUACUUGAUCUGUUCCGGGCCGGCAUGGCCAGCCAAUCCCAAUUGCCAAAUAUCACCUAAGAAUACAAUAGAAGACCCAGCGAAACAACCUCAACAAGCCGAAAAUAUCCAGCUCAUUUCUCAACCUUCUUUCGCAGACGCUUCAGAUCAUGCAUUUGAUCAAGUCGUUGCCGGAGCUCUUCAUGCUGAUCAAGACAACCCUGGAGAAUCUCAGAUGAACUCGCCAUCUACGGCUCUCGGCUAUGUUGUUCAACUUCAUACCUUGACAGUGAUGCGCCAUGCGCCGGCUUGGGCGACUUGCUGGGAGUUGGAAGUGAUCGAUGAUAAUAUUGCGUGUACUGGUGAUCUCGAGAAUAAGAACGCCUUAGAUGGGCUCUAUCACAGCCGUUCUAUUUUUGUUCUCAGGAUCUACGAAGAAGUAAUUAUCUCUGGCGGUUAUUUCAUGUCGAUAAUACCACUUGCUGUCAUCUGCAUUGCAGUCAAUUUACUCCAUGAUCCGGCAAACCGUAUCGGCAAUGAGAAAGCGAGACUACAAUCAAGCAAGAGGAUAUCUGGAAUGAAAUGGUUAUUUCAAGUCAAGAUGGGAUUUUUGAGAAGCCAAAUUAUCGACUAUAAUAACUGCUUCAAUCAUAAAAGGGACUUCGUUCAUCAAGGUGCAGUCAAGAGUACCGUCCGCCUGUUUCGAAGAGAAUACAUUGGCAUCGAUAGCCGUUACAAAUCAAAGUACGAUGCAGCGUACGACUUCGGUCGAAUUGACAUGAAUCUUCCGAGCGUUGAUUUAAGAAGAAGGGUGAGUUAUCAUCCAGCACGCAUGUGGCAUUCCCGCAGACUAGCAAGUGAUGAAAUGCACCCUUAA